AUGGGAGGGUCUCUUCAAUGCUCAGACCUGAGGGUGGUGCUGGUGGGUCAAGAGAAGGUGGGGAAGAGCUCAGCCGGGAACACCAUCCUGGAGAAGACGGAGUUUGAGUGUCAGCUCAGCUCCAUGCCUCGGACUCUAUCGAGUAGGAAGGCUGAAGGUCAGGUUUUUGGCCGGCGGGUCACUGUGGUGGACACGCCCGGACUCUUCUCCACCCAGCUGUCUACAGGACAGGUGAAUGCAGAACUUCGAAAAGCCGUGCGGAAGAGCGCUCCAGGUCCCCACGUCUUCCUGCUCACCCUGCAGCUGGGAAGGUUCACCAAGCAGGAGCAGACCAGCAUGGACACGCUGAAGAACAUGCUGGGCCCCAAAGUCUGCCAGCACACCAUGGUGCUGUUCACCUACGGAGACCGGCUGGAAGACACGGACAUAAAGCAGUUCAUCAGAGAGGACGCCAACCUGCAGGAGGUGCUGAGGAGCUGCAGCGGCCAGUUCCAUGUGUUCAACAACAAGAGGAUGGGAGACAGGAGGCAGGUCGAGGAGCUGCUGGAAAAAAUCGACUCCAUCUCACAGGAGGGCAGCUCCUUCUAUGAGAUGGAGUCCAGGCUGGCCUGCAUGUCCAGACGCUGCAGGAUCAUGCGCCAAGAAUUCCUGCAGGCUUUAGGACACUUCUUCAGCAUUAUGAGACGGGGAGAAAUCCAAGGAAGAGAGCGGCAGCAGUGA